AUGGCUACCUUCUUUCAGGUUGUCUGGGGCCUUGUCUUGUCUGCGCAUACAGGACGGGACGAUGCACUGUUUGGAUAUAUGACGGCAAAUCGCGACGGCCCCAUCGAGGGCGUAGGCGAUAUAGUUGGUCCCCUCGUAAAUAUGAUACUAUGCCGAAUUGACAGAAGCAAAGGCAGCCUCGCUGACAUGUUGUCAAGAGCACAAGAUGAUUUUUUGGAGUCGCUUACACACCAGCAUGGCUUAAUUAGAUUAGUUCUACCGGUAUGGAGCUCGGUUAUGAGCCUUCAAUAUCUUGAUUCGCGAGUGGCACGAGUGGGCAAUGAUAACAGAUUAAGGGAUGGCGGGAUUCAGUUGGAGCAAUUCUGGGGACAUGAUCCGAAUGAGUGGGACAUCACUCUCGGCGUCCAAGUAAAAUCUGGAUCGAGUGGCCAUGAUGUAAUCCACGCCUGUAUUGGAUAUUGGUCCGGCAGUAUAAGCCAGGAAGAAGCCCAGAAGAUGAGACAGAGCUUUGGGGAAGUAAUGGAGAAACUGAUUAUUGGCACCCGGUAG